UCGAGAAGAGGGCAGUGGCUUGAAAAUCUGAGUAAAUGGCAAUGUCUAACGUUGGGGCCUCAAGACUAAAAAAGGGGCCGCAUCAUAGGUGUAAACUUCAAGGGCGUUUUUAAUAUGUUAUGUAAAGAUAAAACGUAUCCCUGCUUCCCCAGAGUCAGAUACGUCAAUAUUAUGGUGUACGCAUCCAUCGUAAGCUUGAUGUCGCGACAUGUCGGUACAACUGUUCGUAUCCCAAUACCAGAUGUUGAUAGAGCACGAGGUUCUCCGCGUAAUUUACUUGCUGUUAUUAUUUCAUACGAAGAUGACAUGAAUAAAUUAUAUACAGAAUAUGGGGUGUUGAAACACAAAUAUACACGAGCACAAAUUUCUCCAUGUAAAGAAAAAUUUCUAGAGCUAGAUGAAGCCAUCAAAAAAAUUAAAGACAGGGAAAUAAUAUUAAGAGAAGCAGCAGGACAUGGAAUAGCUGGUCAUCAAGGAUUUAAUCGAUGCAACUGAAAAACUGGUUGUGGUACUAAAAAAUGUGCUUGCAAUGCAACGGAAAUGUUGUGCAGUUCAAAAUGUCAUAGUAACCAAAAUUGUACAAAUAAAUAAUUUGUAAUAUGCACGUAUUUUAUUAUUUUUUUAUUUUAACAAUAAAUCAU